CAAAAAUGUUUGGUUAAGAGGACGUUUACAUACAAGUCGUGCUAAAGGUAAACAAUGUUUUAUUGUUUUAAGACAGCAAUCUUAUACAAUACAAGGUUUAGCAGCAGUUAAUAAUAAAGUUAGCAAACAAAUGAUUAAGUUUAUAUCUAAUAUUACUAAAGAAUCUAUUGUGGAUAUUGAAGCAAUUGUAAAAUGUGUUUCUUCUCAAAUUGAGUCAUGUACUCAAAAAGAUGUAGAAAUUCAUAUUGAAAAAGCUUUUGUAAUAAGUAUUGCGAAACCACAAUUACCUUUACAAAUUGAAGAUGCCUCAAGACCAAUAAAAGAAGAAGUUGAUGACAAUAUUUUGAAUAUAAAAGUGAAUCAAGAUACGAGAUUGGAUAAUAGAGUUCUAGACCUUAGAACUCCAGCAAAUCAAGCUAUAUAUCGGGUGGAAGCAGCUAUUUGUAAAUUAUUUAGAGAUAUACUUACAAGUAAAGGAUUUGUUGAAAUUCAUACACCGAAAAUAAUAUCUGCAGCAAGUGAAGGUGGUGCAAAUGUAUUUACAGUAUCAUAUUUUAAAGGAAAUGCUUAUUUAGCACAAUCUCCACAACUUUAUAAACAAAUGGCAAUAGCAGCUGAUUUUGAUAAAGUUUUUACUGUAGGAGCAGUUUUUAGAGCUGAAGAUUCUAAUACACAUAGACAUUUAACAGAAUUCGUCGGUCUUGAUUUAGAAAUGGCAUUUAAAUAUCAUUAUCAUGAAGUAGUUGAGACUAUUGGACAGUUAUUUGUAGAAAUGUUUAAAGGUCUUCGUAACAAUUAUGCUGCUGAAAUCGAGGCUGUACGUCAACAAUAUAAUGUGGAACCAUUUAAAUUUUUAGAUCCACCUUUAAAAUUAGAAUAUAGUGAUGCUAUUGAAUUAUUAGCGGAAGCUGGCAUAACUUUGGGUGAAGAAGAUGAUCUUUCUACAUCAGAUGAAAAAUUAUUAGGAAAACUUGUUAAAGCAAAAUAUGAUACAGAUUUUUACAUCUUGGAUAAGUAUCCAUUGGCAGUAAGGCCGUUUUAUACAAUGCCAGAUCCAAAUAAUCCUGUAAGUUCAUUCAACUAUCGCAACUUGUCGCAAUAUUAUGUUAAAUAUACGUACAUAAUAUAUGUACAUUAUAUGCUUUAUUGCAGAAAUUAUCAAAUUCUUACGAUAUGUUUAUGCGUGGCGAAGAAAUUAUUUCUGGUGCACAACGUAUUCAUGAUCCUGAACUUCUUACAGAACGUGCAAAAUAUCACGGAAUUGACUUAGAAAAAAUAAAAUCGUAUAUUGAUGCAUUCAAGUAUGGUUGUCCUCCUCAUGCUGGUGGUGGAAUUGGAAUGGAACGUGUUGUUAUGUUAUAUCUUGGUUUAGACAAUAUAAGAAAAGUUUCAAUGUUUCCUCGGGAUCCUAAACGCAUUACGCCAUAGAAUUUCAACUUCAAAUAAUAUGUGCAGUGAUAAUAUAUUUAUUAAAUUUUUAAUUACUUUAUUGCUGAGAAAAAUUAAUAAAUGGAUAUUUUGAAUGUUU